AUGUUGCAUUGGUUCGCUGGUGCUUCCGAGGCGUCGUUUGUCCUGUUGCUGUUGGUCGUCGUGGCGACCAGUCCCAGACCAGGCAACCCAACACCGGCCUCGGGCUACACGGCCAACUACUGUCCCACAUAUUGCCAGUGCUCGCGGAUCGAGGCGGUGGGCCCGGAGGAGGGUUCCGAGGCCGGGCGCCGGGACUGGUCGAUGGCGCAGUGUUGGUUGCCCGGCCAGACCGUCCGGUUGUCAUGCGACCCGGACUGGCGAAUUCUGCAUCUGCACCGGUUGGAGGCAGCGGAGGAGGGUGAAGAGGCGACGGCCCAGUUGCUGGCGGCGUGUGACGGUGUCGAGCGUCUUGUGCUGGGCCGG